AUGUCCAGUAAUAGUAGCAUUGAUGAAGAGGAGUUAUUUUGGGAGGAUUUACCCAUAACAAGGAGAGUAGUGAAAGUUUUAACGGAUCAAGAUUUACAACAGAAGAUUGAUCAUGAGAUUAAGAUGCGAGAAGGAACAGCUAAACUGCUGGCAGCAUCUAAACAUCCAAAUCAGAUGCUGGAAGCAGCUAAAAAUCUCCUAUCAUCCAAUACCCGUAUUAUAUCUUACAUGACAGAAUUACAAAAACGAAAAACAGCAGAAGUUUUGGGCAAAAAUACAGCUAUAGAAGGUAACCAAUUACCAUGUAGAGCUACAGUCAGUUUAUCUGAUUUAAGAAUACCAUUAAUGUGGAAAGAUUCUGACCAUUUUAAAAAUAAAGGAGAUUAUAGAAGAUAUGCUGUGUUUUGUUUAAUUAAAAUUGGUACAGAAAUCUAUGAUACAUCAAUGAUCAGUAAUGUAGAUAGAAGUAUGACAGACAUUACAUUUGAAGAUGUUCUUUUAUUUAAUAAUAUUCCACAUGAUUUUGACUGUAAAGUUGAAGUUUACUGUCACAAAUUACAUGAAGAUCUGUCAAUGGCUAACACACCAAAGAAAUUACGUAAAAAAAUCAAUGAUUUAUCUGGUUCUGUUGGAAGAAGCGUAGGCAAGCGUCUUUCAGGCUUAAAUGAUUCAGAUAUAAUAGGCAAUAUGGUUCUUGGACCAAAAUUUGAGUUGGUAGCUAAAGGUACUAUGUCAUUAGCAGAUGUAGAUGAUUCGGUCAGAACAUUUGAUUUACAGUUAGAAUCUAAUUCAGAUGGCAGUGUUCAUGAACUUCCCCUAUUUGGUCAUUAUUGUUGUCGAUUAGCUGCAUUACCUCACUGUUUAAUAGAACCUACAGUUACUGGCUUCUUAAACUUACAGGAAGAUGGUGAAGAUGACUCGUCCAAAUGGAAAAGAUAUUGGUGUGUUCUUAAAAAUUUACAACUAGCUUGUUGGUCAUCCCCUAAUGAUGUGGAGGUCACUCAACCUUUAGUUACUAUUCCUGUUACAAAGAGUACCCAGAUUUGUGAUGCCGACCCUUCUACUAGUACACGUUCUAAUACAUUCCAUAUAAAAACAACAGAUAUACAUGCAUUAUGGAAACAUGCCGUAGAUUAUCAGAUGGAUGUUAAACAGUCUUCCGUUAGAAGGUCAUCAGGGUUUCAACGUAAAAGUUCAAUAUAUGAUGAUACUCCUUUAAUAGAACCCAAGAAACGAAGUAGUUUAGUAGAUAUCAAAGUAGAAGAUGAUCAACUCAAUAAAAUGUUAAAUACAUUGAUGGGUGAACAAAAGGAAAUACGUGGUAGUGAAACGAUGCGUCAACAUUCAACUAGCUAG